CCAUCUGGAGAGUGAAGACCCCAGCAAGGCCCUGCCUGCCCUAGGGCCCUUGACAUGCACACACAUGUAUUCCAUUUCAUAUGCUUACUGACAUAAGGCUGUAGACAUCAAACACAGUCUCACAGGAGUACACACACACUUAUAGGGAAAAACACAGGACUCUCUCCCUGUCUACAGGUAAUCAUAACACCAGGUGCCCAGAGCCUUGGCAGAGAAGGAGGGCACCAGAGUAGCGGGUGCAGGGAACAGAGGGAUGCUGUGCUUUUGGCUUAGUGGAGAGUGUGUGGAGGGGCCUGGAGCCAGGUGAGCCCAGAUUGAGGAGGAGGGGGCCGUGGGGGGUGCUUUGAAUGCCAUUGAAGGUACUGGGGAGCCACAGAAGGUUUCUGGGAGAAUAAGAAGAUGGGAAUUGAGGGCUCUGUGGAAGAGUCUGGUGGGGAGGCAGGAAACAGGGAGUGGCCUGUUUAGCACUGGGCGCUGGUGGUUCCAUUCCGAAUCCCAGGUGCCCAGCAUAGGUGAGUGAGCACAAGGCUCAGGAAACAGUUCUUGAAUGAAUGAAUGGCCCAGGCGAGGUGAGGCCUGAACUCAGACCAGGACAGGGGGAUGGAAGAGAGGAGUGGGUUGCCAGAGGCCACUGUGCUCGGCUGCUGUGGCAGCUGAUCGGUUGGAGAAGUCUAAGAUGCUUGGGGGUCUGGGGACCAUAGUAGUACCAUUAGCAGGAAGCAGCGAAAGCAAUGGGAGCAGCCCAUUUGUAGGAUGGUGAAAGACAGAUGUGGAGAGGUUGGCAUGGCAAUGACUUCACUGCUUGGAGCCGGUUUGCAUCUGAGUAAAAGCAUAAGUGAGUUUAAAUGUCCCAGAAUUGGUGUCCAUUAAAUCAUCCCAUAAUUGAGAACAGAAAAGGAGAUUGCAGAAGACACAGAUGGCCAAGUCUAUACCAGUUCACAAGCCACCCAGGAGUUUCCCUCUCCAGGUGAGUUUUCUCUGGCCAGCUCUCAGGGUAGGGGUCAGGGGUCUGAGAACUUCCCACUGCUCCCCUGGAGAAGGUCCUCCACUCAGAGAACACAGAGUAUGUUUGCUUUAGGGAUAAAACCUCUGGCUGUGAAGCCAGGGAGUGAGGUUCAGGCCCCACUGGGCAGGGAGAUUUUGCUCCGUGGUUGGUUGAGAGAGCCUUUCUACUUAGAAGGCUGCAUGGUGUGGGUGGGGAGAGAGCAGGACUUAGAAUCAGCUCGCCUGAUUAUGGACCAUGACUCUGCCUCUGACCCCAUAGCCACUUCCCCUUGCCAAACCUCAGUUUCCUGACUGGUAAAAUGGGAAUAAUAAUGCCUCCCUCACAGCGUUGUCAGCAGGAUCCAGUGAGAUGAUAAACGCGUCUGGCACAUAGCACAGGUUACAUAAAUGGUUGUUUCUUUCCUUCCUUCCCCUUCUCCUGAAGUAAGGAGUAAAAACCCCUUUCUCUUUCUCUUCCAGUGUCAGUGGAAGCUGAUGGAGAAUCGAGGUCUGGACCCAGGGACUCGGGACUCCUAUGGUGCCACCAGCCACCUCCCCAACAAGGGGGCCCUGGCAAAAGCCAAGAACAACUUCAAAGACCUGAUGUCCAAGCUGACAGAGGGCCAGUAUGUGCUGUGCCGGUGGACAGAUGGACUGUAUUAUCUCGGGAAGAUCAAGAGGGUCAGCAGUUCUAAGCAGAGCUGCCUUGUAACUUUUGAAGAUAACUCCAAAUACUGGGUCUUGUGGAAGGACAUACAGCAUGCUGGUGUUCCAGGAGAGGAACCCAAGUGCAACAUCUGCCUGGGGAAGACAUCAGGACCACUGAAUGAGAUCCUCAUCUGUGGGAAGUGUGGCCUGGGUUACCACCAGCAGUGCCACAUCCCCAUAGCGGGCAGUGCCGACCGGCCCCUGCUCACACCUUGGUUCUGCCGACGCUGCAUCUUUGCGCUGGCUGUGCGGAAAGGCGGCGCGCUGAAGAAGGGCGCCAUCGCCAGGACCCUGCAGGCUGUGAAGAUGGUGCUGUCCUACCAGCCCGAGGAGCUGGAGUGGGACUCGCCCCACCGCACCAACCAGCAGCAAUGCUACUGCUACUGCGGCGGGCCGGGAGAAUGGUACCUGCGGAUGCUGCAGUGUUACCGGUGCAGGCAGUGGUUCCACGAGGCCUGCACCCAGUGUCUCAAUGAGCCCAUGAUGUUCGGAGACCGGUUCUACCUGUUUUUCUGCUCCGUGUGCAACCAGGGCCCAGAGUACAUCGAGAGGUUGCCCCUGCGAUGGGUCGAUGUGGUUCACCUGGCCCUCUACAACCUGGGGGUGCAGAGCAAGAAGAAGUACUUUGACUUUGAGGAGAUUCUGGCCUUUGUCAACCACCACUGGGAGCUCCUGCAGCUUGGCAAGCUCACCAGCACCCCCGUGACGGACCGAGGACCGCAUCUCCUCAACGCUCUGAACAGUUAUAAAAGCCGGUUCCUCUGUGGCAAGGAGAUCAAGAAGAAGAAGUGCAUCUUCCGCCUGCGCAUCCGCGUCCCGCCCAACCCCCCCGGGAAGCUGCUGCCCGACAAGGGCCUGGUGCCCACUGAGAAUGGCGCCUCUGAGCUGCGUAAGAGAGGAAAGAGCAAGCCUGGUUUGUUGCCUCAUGAUUUCCAGCAGCAGAAAAGGCGAGUUUAUAGAAGAAAAAGAUCAAAGUUUUUGCUGGAAGAUGCUAUCCCCAGUAGUGACUUUACCUCGGCCUGGAGCACCAACCACCACCUAGCCAGCAUAUUUGACUUCACGCUGGAUGAGAUACAGAGUUUAAAAAGCGCCAGCUCAGGCCAGACCUUCUUCUCCGACGUGGACUCCACUGAUGCUGCCAGCACCUCUGGCUCCGCUUCCACCAGCCUUUCCUACGACUCCAGACGGACAGUGGGCAGCCGCAAGAGGAAGCUGGCAGCCAAAGCGUACAUGCCACUGCGGGCAAAGCGGCGGGCGGCCGAACUGGGUGGACGCUGCCCCUCCGACAGCAGCGCAGAGGGGGCCUCAGGCCCUGAGCGGCCCGACGAGGGCAUCGACAGCCACACGUUCGAGAGCAUCAGUGAAGAUGACUCGUCCUUGUCCCACCUCAAGUCAUCCAUCACCAACUAUUUUGGCGCAGCCGGGCGGUUAGCCUGUGGGGAGAAGUACCAGGUGCUGGCUCGGAGGGUCACGCCUGAGGGCAAGGUUCAGUACCUGGUGGAGUGGGAAGGGACUACCCCUUACUGACCAGCCCCUAAAGGAUGCCAGCAGUCCUGGAAACCAAAGGAGAGACAGCGGAAGCCACAGGCUCCCCAGUUCUCUCCAGGCUGGGGUGGGGGAGGGAAGCAAGACGGAGCUGCAAGUGCCUGGCCAGAGCCCUGCCUGCCCGCCUGCCUGCCAGGGCUGUGCCUCCACUGUGCCCGUUCUGCUCUCCGGCCCCCUCAGGCUCACCACCUCUUUGCCUGUGUCUCUGAGGUCCCGCUGGCUACUUCUCAGUGUCUCCACACACUCCCUCAAACUGUUUACCUGUUCCUCUGAAUUAGUGUCCUGCUGGCUCUGUGGGCUGUUCCUGAGGCCCGAGUCUUUGUCCCCAGUGCGUCCCUUUACCUUUCCUUCCCCUUUUGGGUGUGUGUGUUUACACACCCAACCCUCCACUGGACAUCCUUACACCUGACCCAUCCCAGGGACCACAUCAUGAGAACAGAAACCUUUGAGAAAGACUGGGUGAAGGUGGGUAAGAGGAUGCCUUGAGGAGCCUUUCCCUCUCACUUUCCUGCCUCUCCUUCUGCCCUUGGGAAGAGGUGGUGAAGGUGGGAGAGAGAAUGCCUCUGGAAAGCCCGUGUGGCAGAGGCCCUGGGACCCUCAGGAUCUGAGGCGUGAGGAGACUCGGCCUCUGCUUCCGAAGGCACCAGCGCCAGAGCGCAGUUAUUAAGGCCCAGAGUGCAGGCUGCAGGCGUCAGCUUCUGAGACCCGUGUUCCCUCCCCUGGCCACAUCCCUCUCUGUUACCAUGGAGCUGGGCCUGGCCUCGCAAACCUGAGGCUAGAGGAAAGGAAGCCGUGUCCUGCUACACCUCAGACUGUCUCCUCUGCCUCCCACCCCCAGACUCACCCCCCCACGCAGAAGCUUCCAUCUGCAUGUGUGCUUUCACCUCCAGGCACACACACGGGCCCCGGCCUCCAGGUGUACACACACACACACACACACCCCGGCCUCCAGGUGUACACACACACACACACACAC